CACGUGUAAAUUGAUCUGAUCAGACUUUGAGAAAGUUAAGGAGGAAGUUGUUUUUUCCUGCGAUUGGCUGAAAGGUUCCUUUACACUGUGACCUGUCCACCUCCCACACAGUGGAAAAUAAGAAUCAAAACCUUAAAUGCUGAACUGAAGGAGCAGAUGGAGAGAUUAAGUGGUCUGAAAUUGAGAGAAACAUCGAGUGAGAGACCAAGAAAAGACAUCAAGGGAAAAGAUCCGGAACAUUUCUGACCCGUUUUCGUCAUGCACGACCCUGCGGUCGAGCUGCCCUUCUUCUACGGCAGCAUCAGCCGUUUGGACGCGGAGCAGCACCUGAAGCUGGCAGGAAUGGGUGAUGGUCUCUUCCUGCUGCGUCAGUGUAUGCGCAGCCUGGGCGGAUACGUUCUGUCCGUUGUCUGGAACCUGGAGUUUUAUCACUACCCGGUGGAGAAGCAGCUAAACGGGACUUAUUGCAUCGCCGGAGGGAAGUCCCACUGCGGCCCGGCCGAGCUCUGCGAGUACUACAGCAAGGAUGCUGACGGCCUGGUGUGUUUGCUCAAGAAGCCGUGUCUUCGUUCGGCCGACACGCCAAUCAAACCAGGCGUCUUCGAAAACCUGAGGGAGAACAUGCUGCGAGAGUACGUCCGGCAAACCUGGAACCUAGAGGGGGAGGCCAUGGAGCAGGCCAUUAUCAGUCAGGCUCCUCAGUUAGAGAAGCUGAUAGCCACCACAGCCCAUGAAAAGAUGCCCUGGUACCAUAGCAAAAUCCCUCGUCAGGAAGGAGAAAGGCGACUUUACUCAGGCUCUCAGCCAGACGGCAAGUUCCUAGUGCGAGAACGAGACGAGUCUGGCACCUUCGCUUUGUCAGUCAUGUACGGAAAAACUGCGUACCAUUACCAGAUCCUUCACGAUAAAUCAGGCAAAUACUCCAUGCCUGAAGGAACCAAGUUUGACACCGUAUGGCAGCUGGUUGAGUAUCUGAAAAUGAAGCCCGACGGUUUGGUCACGUUGCUGCGGGAACCUUGUGUGAACCAGAACAACGCAGGACAGAGUCCGGCGGUGCCUGCAACGAGAGGCAGAUCCAGACCUAAUGGCUACACACCGCCCCCUGAAGUUCCUGGAGCUCGCCAGACUCUGCCGAUGGACAGCGAUGAGUUCGUCAGCCCGUACGCAGAUCCUAAAGAGCUCCAGGAGAAGACGCUCUUCAUUAAGCGUGAUAAGCUGAUGGUGGACGAGGUGGAGCUCGGAUCGGGGAACUUCGGUUGCGUGAAGAAAGGCGUCUAUAAGAUGAAGAGCAAACACAUCGACGUAGCUAUCAAGAUCCUGAAAAGCGAGAACGAGAAGUCGGUGAAGGACGAGAUGAUGCGCGAGGCAGAGAUCAUGCACCAGCUGGAUAACCCCUACAUAGUGCGCAUGAUCGGCCUGUGCCAGGCGGAGGCUCUGAUGCUGGUGAUGGAAAUGGCACCGGCUGGUCCGCUCAACAAAUUCCUCUCCAGCAGGAAAGAUCAGGUGUCAGUGGACAAUGUGGUGGAACUGAUGCACCAGGUCUCGUUGGGGAUGAAGUAUCUGGAGGAGAAGAACUUCGUGCACAGAGAUUUAGCAGCUCGGAACGUGCUGUUGGUCAACCAACAUUACGCCAAGAUCAGCGACUUCGGGCUCUCCAAAGCGCUCGGCGCAGACAAUAACUAUUACAAGGCACGCACUUUAGGCAAAUGGCCUUUGAAAUGGUACGCUCCAGAGUGCAUCAACUACCACAAGUUCUCCAGUAAAGGUGAUGUGUGGAGCUUUGGAGUCACCAUGUGGGAGGCGUUCUCCUACGGAGGAAAACCUUACAAGAAAAUGAAAGGUCCCGAGGUGAUCACCUUCAUCCAGAGCGGCAACCGCAUGGAUUGUCCAGCCGGCUGCCCGGAGCCCAUGUACGAGCUGAUGAAAGAGUGCUGGACGUUAAAGUUUGAGGACAGACCCGGGUUUUUGGAAGUGGAGGAGAAGAUGAGGACCUACUAUUACUCCAUUUCGAAGAAGAAACCCACCGAGGUAAAGGAAGAGGCAGCGACUGCAGCUGAAGCUCAAGACUGAAAAAGCAGUGGUUUUUUUUGUUUAUUGCACCCGAAAUGAAAAACAGGCUGAAGUGUGUUCGAUUGUGUGCCUUCAAAAUACAGCUUUGUUACAGAACUUGGUGUGCUUCCGAGCCGAAUAUGAAAGCUUUGUGUUUAUGAAAUGCAUGAAGAUGUAUUAUUAUUAUUAUUAUUAUUAUUAUUAUUAUUAUUAUCAUUAUAUAAUCACAUCCUUGUUGAGAAAACGCAAGUCAAUCAGUUUUUCUUUUUAAGAAUGGACUUCGAGUCAUCUUCGAGUCUUUGAGUCUUUGCCACGUCGUUAUUUUUCCAUAAACUUUGCAGCUUUGAUACGUGGUCCAGCAAAUCAUUUCCAUUCAUGACGUCGUCUCGUGCUGAUGUUUGAUGUGGAUAAUGAAGUCUUAUUUAAUGUAAUAAACCUGGCAGAUUGAUACUUGGUUCAAUUUCGAACUCUGUCAGAUAUUAAUGAAUAUUCUUAGACUUGUUCACGUGUGUGUGUGUGUGUGUGUGUGUGUGUGUGUGUGUGUGUGUGUGAAAGAGAGAUAAUUCCUGUGUUUGUUUGUUUUUAAGAAUUGUCAUACAUGCCUUUUAAUAAACCCUGCAAAUACAGUGUGA